AAACCCGAAGUCCCCCCGAAGAAAUCCCUCCACCCUCUGGUUCAGUCCAUUGAGAGCCCUUGACCCGACCCGACCGAGCAAAGGCGCAUGGCAGCAGCAACCAUGGCGACCGCCACAGCCACCGUCACCGGCCUGGGCUCCUCCACCCUCUCUCCCUCUCGCAUCACUUCCCCGAAGAGAACAAGCCUCCGCUCAGACUUCGUCAGAUCUCCGGUUGCCACCAGAAACCCAUUGAAGCAAACUCUCUCCUCAGGUGGAAGGUUUACAUGCUUUGAGAGAGAUUGGCUGCGGAGGGAUUUCAACGUGAUCGGGUUCGGGUUGAUCGGGUGGAUCGCGCCUUCGAGCGUUCCGUUGAUCAACGGUAAAAGCUUGACAGGGCUAUUCUUUGAGAGCAUCGGCACUGAACUCGCUCAUUGGCCUACUGGUCCUGCUCUCAAUUCUCAGUUCUGGCUGUGGCUGAUUACAUGGCACCUGGGGCUCUUCCUUUGCCUGACAUUUGGGCAGAUUGGUUUCAAGGGAAGGACCGAAAACUAUUUCUGAAAUUUCUCCCUGCUUGUAACUGGAAUUUCCCAAUGAUAUCUCUUCUCUCUUCUGUGUAUUUAUUAUAUUCAAAUUAAUAGUUUAUAGAUUGUUGAACUCACAUUUUUUCCAAAACAUCAAGGAAGAUUGAGAACCCAGUGAGGAUUUGAGACUGAAUGUAAGCCAUAUUUGUGAGGAAAUCCUUGAAAUGGAAGACGAAAACACUGUAAAUGUGUUUACAUGCAAAUAAUUAUUUGAUGCUGCUGGAUUUGAAAUUCCUCGAAA